UUAAACAGUAUGCUUUUUUUUUUUUUGGGUCAAAUUUAAACAGUAUGCUAUGCUCUCUCCUUUCCUACUUUACUCUUAGAGCGAUUCAUCCUUUGUCAUCAUCAUUAUCAGAGAACGAUUUCAGGAACAUUCCACAUAAAUCUCCACACUGUGUCUGAGAAGAAACAUGAGUCACCCGAGAAGUGAGGAUGAUAUAUUUGCCGAGUUCUUUGGGGCCUCCUCUAUCCCUUCUGGUCCGAGAAAUGCGGAUGGUAUAUUUGCUGACUACUUUGGGGCCUCUAGCCCUUCUGCUCCCCGACGUGAGGCUGAUAUAUUUACUGAGUUUUUUGGGGUCUCUAGCCCUUCUGCUGCUGCUGCUGCUGGUGAUAGCAGCAAAGGAGGAGAUGGUGGUGGCGGCUCAUUGCAUCACGGUGGAGAUAGGAAGGCAGAUCCUAUUGAAAAAAAGUUGCCUUGUAGCCUUGAACAUCUUUACAAAGGAACCACCAAGAAGAUGAAGAUCUCCAGGGAGAUUGUUGAUGUCAUUGGCAAGACGAUGCAGGUAGAAGAGAUUUUGACUGUUGAUGUGAAACCGGGGUGGAAGAAAGGCACAAAGAUCACAUUCCAGAAAGGAAAUAAGCAACCUGGUGUGAUUCCAGCGGAUUUAGUCUUCAUCAUCGAUGAAAAGCCUCAUCCGGUUUUCACUCGAGAGGGUAACGACCUCGUAGUCACUCUGAAGAUCUCAGUUCUCGAGGCCUUUACCGGCUACACCAUCAACCUGACUACACUAGAUGGUCGGAGACUGACAAUCCCAGUCAACUGUGUGAUCCAUCCCGAGUACGAGGAAGUGGUUCCAAUGGAAGGAAUGCCGUUGCAGAAAGACCAGACUAAGAAAGGUAACUUGAGGAUCAAAUUUAACAUCAAGUUCCCUACAAGCUUUACCUCAGAGCAGAAGAUAGGGUUGAAGAAACUUCUCGGAUGAAUUGGGUUAAAACCAGCCCAUUCCAGACAAAAUAAUGUAGAAUACGAGAGGAACAAGAAGAUCGAAGCUUCUAUAUAUCUUGUUGGAGAUGGCUGAGAUUCCGAAUAAAUACUGUUGGGACCUUUCUGAUCAAUUUGUAACAUAUGUAUGAUUGAGUGAGUACUCUUGUGACCUUUUCUGAUCGAUUUGUAACAUAUGUAUGAUCAAAAAAUACUGUUGUGACCUUUCUGAUCUGUAUAAUAUGCCUAAUAAGUUUGCUACUUUUCCACAA